AUGACUGCUUCAACUGCUUUCUCAACCAUCUUCUCAAUCAUAUCAUCCUCACAACCAAUUUCUUCCUCGUGGACUGGUUCCUUUAAUGUUUCAUUUGCUUUUACCAGUGGAGUGAAAGCUAAAUUUGCAUGUUCUGCUGCUAAGGCUUUUCAGAUCAAAGGAUAUGUCAAAAAGGCCAAUACUGUUACUUUUAGCUUUAAGAGUGAGUCAGCAAAAUUUGAGGAGGAUGAACCAUCUGGAUCACAAAAGGAUGCUUUCAACUUUCUCUAUUGGAGGUGGCUCCUUGCGACUCUAAUGUAUACAAAAGUAGCAAUAGAGAAACAAAUAAACUUACUGGAUUGGAAGCCUAGGAGGCCUGACUUGUUCACUGAUUCAUUUAGUCACAAACAGAUAAUUGAUAAUAUUUAUAUGCAGAGAAACUCUAUCAAAAUAUAUGAGAUUGAUGCUACUGGAAAAGCAUCCCUUGCGACAAUAAUGAACCUUUUACAGGAAACAUGUAUUAACCAUUUCAAAUUCCUUGGGUUAUUUGAUGAUUCUGUUCAUUCAUACCCAAAGAUACAUAGAGGAGACCUCACAUUUGUCCUACUUAAAAUGCAUGUUCAUGUGGAACAUUAUCCUUCAUG